AUGGCCGCGCCGCCAUCCACGUCCACGCCUACCGCGGCCGGCGCGACAGCCUCGUCCUCGGCAUCAACCUCCGCAUCCGCCGCCAACGAUCACGAUGCUACUCCUCACUCCGUCGCUGCCAAGUCCCUUCCCGUACGAGACAAGGACUCGUUCAACAAGCUGCAGGUUGAGCGCUACGUGACGCGCGAUUGGCACUACGCUGUCGCGAUGAAGGACGCACAGGAGCGAUUCGAGAAGGACAUGCAACAGACGAGAGACAAGAUUGAUGAUUAUAACCUCAUCAAGAACCAACGCUUGUAUUUCCCCCCGAGCAAACUAUACGGCGAAGGAUACCGUGGCUACGGCAACGGCUACACCGAUAUCGAUCCCCGCAUGCGAGCGCCCUUUCCCGCCCAAGUCAUCUACCCGAGCCAGAAGCCGCGGCCUGGGAAGCGUCAGUCGCAUCCUCUCAGAUGGAAGAAGAGAGAACUGAAGAAGCAGGCGGAGCAGCACGAGGAGCUUGUGCCGAUACGAAUAGACGUUGACUGGGAAAAGAUCAAGCUUCGCGACACCUUCACAUGGAACCUGCACGACAGGAUAAUCCCGGGCGAGCUCUUUGCGCAGCACCUCGUCGAGGAUCUGGGCAUCCCUCUGGACGCACAGCACAAACCCGUCUUGGACCAGGUCACGUUGCAGAUGCGGGACCAGCUCAACGACUUCUACCCCCUGGUGUUCUCGGAAGAGGACGCGCUCGACCCGGAGCUGCCCUAUUCUGCCUACAAGAAUGACGAGAUGAGAAUAUUGAUCAAGCUCAACGUCACCAUUGGCGGCGUAACCUUGGUUGACCAGUUCGAGUGGGACAUCAACAACCCGUUAAACUCCCCAGAGGAGUUUGCCGCCUCAAUGACUCGCGACAUGUCGCUGUCCGGCGAGUUCACCACUGCCAUUGCCCACUGCAUUCGAGAACAGUGCCAGCUCUUCACCAAGAGUCUAUACAGCGUCGGACAUCCCUUCGAUGGAAGGCCGGUCGAGGACCCCGAUCUCAUCGCCGCCUUCCUGCCAUCUCCUCUGCCAUCCGUUUUCAGACCGCAACAGCAGGCCAAGGAGUAUGCUCCGUAUCUGUACGAGCUCAGUGAUGCCGAUCUGGAACGCAACGAAGUCAUCUUCUCCCGCGAACAGAGACGCCAGAAGCGGUCCAUCAACCGUCGCGGUGGUCCGCAACUUCCCGAUCUCAAGGAACGGCAGCGGACAAUCAGGACACUACUCGUCUCGUCCGUGCUUCCCGGCGCUGCGCCCAACAUGGAAGAGAGCACGCUAUACAAGCGUGUGGCCGGCGCGCCAACCACCCGCAAGAGGCCGGGAGCACGCGACGGCGAGGUUUCCGAUUCCGACGAUAGUGAAGACACAGGACCGGACUCGCCAGGCGUGUCUCAGCUUGGCGGCACGGCCAGGACGAGAGGUCUUCGUGGCGCUGCGAGUGCUGCUCAGCAACGAAUUACGAAUCUUGGCCGCUCCGAAACGCCUGAAGCGAGCAUCAUCCAUCAUCACGAGACGCGGAGAAACCUUGGGCGCUCCAUUCGCGAUACUCGCGACGAGACUGAGGAGCCUACGCAGCUCAUUGUCACACUCAAGGUCGGCAAGGACAAGCUGAGACGACUUCUCCAGAACCCAAGGGCAAGGUUUACGCCGAACGGCUCCCAGACACCGUCCACACCCGCACAUACUCGCAUACCCAGUGCGGCCGCGGCCCCGGCCGGAGCGAACUCGAUGCCUCCGCCGUCCACGCCGGCCUCCAACGGUCAGGCUCUUCCUGCUCAGCUUGGCACUCCUCUCCCUCAAGGCCAGAUUGGUCGACAGCCUGCUCCACCACCUGUUGCGGGUCAACCGCCGCCACCUGCUCCUCCGCCGCCAGAAUGGCUGAAGAACUGCCUGCAGCAGCUGAAGCAAACCUAUACCUUUGAUAACUUUGAAGGCAUGAUGAAGUACUCGGCUAUCAACCCUGACACGGAGAUGCCGAUAUCAGUACCAGCAGGGUCACAGCCGCCCGAGGGAGCCAGAUGGAUGUUCCUCCCCCGUAUCCGCUGUCUAGACUGCCCCGGCAAGCUGUACACGCCCGGGCCGGAAAUGACGGCAGGCAACUUUGAGGUCCACUUGCGCAACAAGCAACAUCGUCAGAAGGUGGAUGCCAGAGAAGGCAGAGACACGGCACCUGGAACGACGUAA